AUGGCCACCAUGACCGAGACGGCCAAGGGCACCAGUGCCGUGCCGCCCGUCAAGCACCAGGUCGUCGACAAGAUCCCCAAGCGCUUCCGCCAGAUCAAGUUCGGCGUCCAGUCCAACCAGGACAUUGUCAACCAGGCCGUCGUCGAGGUCUCGGAUCGCACCAUGUACGACCUCGAGCAUGGCCGUGAGCCCGUGAAGCACGGUGUGUUGGACAAGCGCCUCGGCAUCUCUGGCAAGGGCGUGCGAUGCGUCACCUGCGACCAGCCAUUGCAGGACUGUCCCGGCCACUUUGGACACAUCCGCCUGCCGCUCCCCGUCUUCCACAUCGGCUACAUCCGGUUCACCAUGAAGGUCCUGCAGGAGAUCUGCAAGGACUGCUCCCGCGUCCUGCUGGCCGAGACCGACCGCCGCUCCUACCUGCGACAGCUCCGGAAGCCCUCCGACAACAUGAACCGCCAGGCCCUGCUCAAGAGGAUCAACGAACAGUGCAGGAAGACCAAGCUGUGCCCAUACUGCGGGGCCACCAACGGCCAGAUCCGCAAGGCCGGCCCUCUCAAGCUUGUCCACGACAAGUUUGUCGCCUUCAACAAGUCCACCUCGGCCAAGAAGAUAGCCCCCCAGGCCAAGCUCGACUUUGACAACUCCUUUACCGAGGCCAAGAAGCACAACACGGACCUGGAGAAGCAUGUCCGCAAGGCCAUGGAGGAUCUCAACCCCCUGCGCGUCCUGAAGCUCUUCAAGCAGAUCAGUGCUACCGACUGCGAGCUGCUGGGUCUCGACCCCGCCGAGGGCCGCCCCGAGAUGUUUCUCUGGCAGUUCGUCCCUGCCCCCCCGGUCUGCAUUCGUCCCUCGGUUGCCCAGGACGGAGCAAGCAACGAGGACGAUCUCACCACCACCCUGGGCCAAAUCGUCUUCAUCUGCAGCGUCAUAAGAGGAGCUCUGCAGAAAGGCGCCAGCCUUCAGACCAUCAUGGAGCAGUGGGACUAUCUCCAGCUCCACAUUGCCGUCUACGUCAACAGUGACGUCCCCGGUCUGACCAAUACCGGUAUCGUUAAGAGCAUGCGGGGCUUCUGUCAGCGGUUGAAGGGAAAGCAGGGCCGCUUCCGUGGUAAUCUGUCAGGAAAGCGUGUUGACUUUUCCGGCCGAACUGUCAUUUCGCCUGAUCCCAACUUGGGCAUCGACCAGGUCGCUGUGCCCAUCCUCGUGGCCAUGAACCUCACAUACCCCGAGAGGGUGCAGCGGGAAAACAUCGACAAGCUGAGGAAGUGCGUGCAGAAUGGACCUAGCAUAUACCCCGGCGCUCAUGCCGUCAUCAAGCUCGAUGGAGAUGGAUCAUACAAGCAGGGUCUCAAGUAUGGAGACAGGGCCGAGGUUGCCAAGAAGCUGCGGUAUGGCGAUGUUGUUGAGCGUCACCUUGAAGACAACGACAUUGUCCUCUUCAACCGUCAGCCAUCCCUCCACAAGCUCAGUAUCAUGAGUCACUUGGCCAAGAUCCGACCUUGGAGGACAUUCCGCCUGAACGAGUGUGUGUGCAAUCCAUACAACGCUGAUUUUGAUGGCGACGAGAUGAACUUGCACGUUCCCCAGACCGAAGAAGCUCGAGCUGAGGCGAUCCAUCUGAUGGGUGUCAAGAACAACCUGGCAACCCCGAAGAACGGCGUGCCCAUUAUCGCUGCCACGCAGGAUUUCAUCACGGCCGCCUACCUUUUGAGCGGCAAGGACCAGUUCUUUGAUCGAAAAACUUUUACAUACAUUUGUAUGCACAUGAUGGACGGUCUCACGCCUUUGGACCUGCCGGCCCCAGCCAUCUUGAAGCCCCAGCGCAUGUGGACGGGGAAGCAAGUCUUCAGCAUCCUCAUGAGACCAAACAAGAAGUCACCUGUCAAGGUGAACCUCGACGCAAAGUGCCGAGAGUAUGAGCCCCCCAACAAGAAUUCUCCGGAUCCGAGGGAGCGGACUAGAGCGCCAGACAUGUGUCCCAAGGACGGAUGGCUUGUCGUGCGCAACUCCGAGGUCAUGUGCGGUAGAAUGGACAAAUCAACAGUAGGAGACGGCAAGAAGGACUCUAUUUUCUACGUGAUCAUGAGAGAUUUUGGUCCCGACGAAGCUGUCAUCGCCAUGAACAGGCUUGCGAAGCUUUGUGCCAGAAUGCUCACCAAUCAGGGUUUCUCUAUUGGAAUCGGUGACGUCUAUCCAACGGCUUCCUUGACCGCAGAGAAGCAGAAUCUCGUCAAGGAGGCUGUCAAAAAGACAGAUGAUCUCAUUGCCUCGUACAACGACAAGACCCUGCAAAAGGCGGCAGGUUGUUCUAUGGAGGAGACUUUGGAGAACUCGAUUUCCGGAACCCUCAGUCACGUCCGUCAGGCAGCUGGAGCGUAUUGUAUUCAGACGCUCAGUACCAAGAAUGCCCCCUGGAUCAUGGCUACGUCUGGGUCCAAGGGUUCGAAUAUCAACGUCGCACAGAUGGUUGCCCUCGUCGGACAGCAGAUUAUCGGUGGCUCACGUGUCGCUGAUGGGUUCCAAGAUCGAACACUGCCUCACUUCCACAAGCUUGCUCGCCAGCCCGCGGCAAAGGGUUUCGUGGCAAACAGUUUCUACACAGGGCUCGUGCCUACGGAGUUCCUGAUGCACGCCAUGUCUGGACGUGAAGGUUUGGUCGAUACUGCAGUCAAGACUGCUGAAACCGGAUACAUGUCCAGACGUCUCAUGAAGUCGCUGGAGGACCUUUCUACGCAAUACGACGACACCGUUCGAACUUCCGGCGGCAGCAUUGUUCAGUUUCAGUUUGGUGCAGACAAGCUGGACCCUGUCGAUAUGGAGGGUUCCGCAGUACCUGUCAACUUUGAGCGCACCUGGUCACACUCUGAAAACAUGACCUGGGACAACAAGGAGCGAGCUCUCCUGCCCUUCGAGAUCUUGGACAUAUGUGACGCACUACUUGCCAAGGAACGAGACCGCUAUCGGCGCCGUGGCCUCCUUGGUGGGGAGUCUCUUGCCUACGAUGAUCAGACUGACUACGGAAUUGAUGAACAUGAAGGUAGUCGACACUUUCUCAGGACAAUUGAAUCGUACGUCAUCAGGCUAGCAACGCGCUUAGCAAAGAUCCGCACAACUUUUGGCCUCCCAGAAUACUUUGAGAAGCCGAACGUGACCCCGGCGGCUAUCGACAAGAAAGAAAAGAGCAACCCUGGAAGAUCGCACAGUGAGAGGGUGGCCAAGGUGUCCAAACGCACCCUUAUUUACUUCAUCACGCUCUGCUUGGAAAAGUUCAAGAAGGCCCACGUCGAACCUGGUCAUGCCGUCGGAGCCGUCGGGGCUCAGUCCAUUGGUGAACCUGGUACCCAGAUGACUCUCAAGACUUUCCAUUUUGCUGGUGUUGCCGGUAUGAGUAUCACACAAGGUGUGCCACGUAUCAAGGAAAUCAUCAACGCUUCGAAAACGAUCAGUACUCCCGUCAUCACAUGUCCCCUGGAGAACAAGAGGCAAAUAGAAGUUGCUCGUGUUGUCAGAGGACGUAUUGAGAAGACGUUCAUUGAGGAUAUCCUACGCUAUAUUGAAGAUGAGUGGGAGGACAGCCGAGUAUAUAUCACACUUGCCAUUGACAUGGAAGCUUUGGAGGCCAUGAACCUUGGCAUUGGCCUCUACAAUGUGCGGGAUGCCAUUGUUAAGGCCAAGAAGCUCAAGAUCCUGGAAGGAGACAUGCGCGUCUACCCGUCUGAUGGCACCAUUGAGAUCUCAGUCAGCCUGCCGGAUGAGUCCAAGAGUCGUUCUGUACGAAGCAAGGUCGCCACGACUGAGAUCGCGGCCGACUUGCUCACCCGGGUCAGCCACCUUAAGCGAGUACUGCCCGCCGUGCCAGUUUCUGGAUACCCCGAGGCCAUGCGUGCCAUUAUCCAGACCGGCGACGACAUGACUCAUACGGUGUUGGUGGAAGGUUACGGAUUACGGCAGUGCAUGAACACCGAAGGUGUGAUUGGCACAAAGACCAUCUCGAACAACGUCAUGGAGUGUAAGGAGGUUCUGGGCAUCGAAGCUGCACGCACAACAAUCGCCAAAGAAAUCGGCGACGUGAUGGGUGACAUGGGCAUCGAUCCUCGACACAUGGAACUGCUCGCUGAUGUCAUGACAUACAAGGGCGAGGUCCUUGGUAUCACACGUUUCGGUCUUUCGAAGAUGCGCGACUCCGUACUUCAACUGGCCUCUUUCGAGAAGACUCCGGAUCAUCUUUUCGAGGCCGCAGCCGGUAUGAAGGGCGACAAGAUUGAGGGUGUCUCUGAGAAGAUCAUCAUGGGCCAGACCAUGACGGUCGGUACAGGCGCGUUCCAGGUUGUACGUAAGUUAGGCUUGGGAGAUGAGCAUCUGCGGCAACUGCCUACUGCGUUUGAGGAUGCCUGGGCCGAAGAUGCCCGCAUCCGCAGGGAUAUGAAGCGAAGGAGAUGA